AUGAAUUUAAUUCGUGACCAUCAAGGAGCCAUUGUUUGUGAUUUGGGAAGUAGUUUUGUUAAAGCAGGAUUGGCAGGAGAACAAUUUCCAAAAGCAGUUUUCCCAACAAUUAUUGGAAAACCAAAAAGUCAUGUCGACACUCGUAAAUUAUUUGGAGCAAGAGAGAAAAUGAAUGAAGCAAAAUCAUAUUUUGUUGGAUUGGAAGCCCAUCAAAGAAAGGGUAUUUGUGAAUUAUCUCAUCCAAUUAAUCGUGGAGGUAAAGGUGUUCAAAAUUGGGAUGAUAUUGAAUUGUUAUUAGAACAUAUUUAUCAUUUCCAUUUACGUGUUAAUCCAAAAGAUCACCCAAUUUUAUUGACAGAACAACCAUUGACAUCAGUCACUCAUCGUCAACAGUAUAUUCAAUUAUUAUUUGAAAAAUUCCAAUCACAUUCAUUAUUCUUUGCAAUUCAAGGAUUGCUCUCAAUAUAUGCAACUGGUGAUUUAGAUGGUAUUGUUUUAGAUUCAGGUGAUGGAUCGACACACGUUGUUCCAGUGUUUGAAGGUUAUCCUCAAACAUAUGCCAUGUUAAAAAGUGAAUUGGCAGGUUGUGAUAUUACUAAUCAUUUAACAAAAUUAAUGUUACAACAUUCUGGAUAUGAUUUUACACAAAAUAGUGCUUCAUUAGAUUUCGUUCGUGAUGUUAAGGAAGCUUCAUGUUAUGUUGCUUUGAAUUAUGAUCACACUUUGAAAUUAUUCCAAGAAUCAAAGAAGAAUGAAUUCAGAAAUCAAUUCCAAUUACCAGAUGGUACAUUUAUUAAUAUUGAUUGUGAACGUUUCCAAGCUGCAGAAAUUUUGUUCCAACCAAAUAUGAUUGGUUCAGAAGAAUUGGGUAUUCACGAAUUGUUAAAUACCUCAAUUCAACAUUGUAAUAUGGAUAUCAGAAAGAAUAUGUUUAAGAAUGUCAUUCUCUCUGGUGGUAAUACUCUUAUUAAGGGUAUUCAAGAACGUUUAACACGUGAAAUGACACGUAUGGUAGGUGGUGCUGUUAGAUUACGAAUUAUUGCUCCUCCUGAACGUAAAUAUUCAGUUUGGAUUGGUGGUUCAAUUCUUUCAAGUUUGUCUUCAUUCCAAGAUCGUUGGAUUAGACGUGCUGAUUAUGAAGAAUUAGGUCCUGAUUUGAUCUCUAAAAUGUUGUUCCACUAA